UCCGGUUUGCGGUUACCACGGGAGACCGAGGGAAGCUCCAGCCUCUGGAUCUGCUGGACUCUGCUAACACCGAGAAUGAAACGUCGCAUUUAAACUCUUCUUUUCCAACACUUCUGCUAACGUGAUUCACUACAUUGCAUUCAACCCUUGAAUUGGUUUGGCUAAAUUGAGCUAUCAUGGGAACUAAAUAACUGUCGUGUCGCAUUUGGCUGCUAGCUGCUUAGCAAAGCUAACGGCGGAGGCUAACAUUACAGUUAGCCUCAGCAGUGUUAGCUCACGUUGCUUUCUGCUCUGCUAACUGAGGUUAGCUUCUUCAUUAUGUCAACUCGCAUAACUGCGCAGGAAGCAGUUCAUUUCUAAGUGAUAGAAACCACCACCAUGUUUAUCUACCUCAGCAAGAAGAUCGCCAUCCCCAACAAUAUCCAUCUAAAAUGUGUCUCCUGGAACAAAGAUCAAGGCUUCAUUGCCUGCGGAGGGGACGACGGUCUCCUCAGGGUGCUCAAGCUUGAAACUCAGACAGAUGAUGCCAAACUUAAAGGUCUUGCCGCACCCAGUAAUCUGUCAAUGAAUCAGACACUAGAGGGACAUAGUGGUGCAGUGCAAGUGGUAACAUGGAAUGAACAGUAUGAAAAGCUGACAACCAGUGACCAGAAUGGACUCAUCAUUGUAUGGAUGCUGUACAAAGGAGCGUGGUACGAGGAGAUGAUCAACAACAGGAACAAGUCAGUGGUGAGGAGCAUGAGCUGGAACGCAGAUGGUCAAAAGAUCUGCAUUGUGUAUGAGGAUGGAGCUGUCAUUGUUGGAUCUGUAGAUGGUAACCGGAUUUGGGGAAAGGAGCUAAAAGGAAAUCAACUUGCACAUGUGGCAUGGUCACCAGACAGCAAGAUCCUCCUCUUUGGCAUGGCUAAUGGGGAAGUGCAAAUUUAUGAUAAUCAAGGAAACUUCAUAAUGAAAAUGACCAUAAGCUGCCUCAUUAAUUCACCUGGAGGUGUCAGUAUCGCAGGUAUUCACUGGUAUGCAGGAACUGGGGGCUAUGUUGAGGCAGACUGCCCAUGUCUCGCCAUCUGUUUCGACAAUGGAAGAUGCCAGAUAAUGCGCUAUGAGAAUGAUGAAAACCCAGUGUGUAUCGACACUCUGAUGAAUGUGGUCAGUAUCCAGUGGAAUCACUGUGGUAGUGUUCUGGCAGUGGCUGGUUCUCUCAAAGCCUCAAAUAUGGAGAAAGAAUUCAAUGUUGUGCAGUUCUACACACCAUUUGGAGAGUGGGGCUACUGUUGCAGCACAGUAGUGUAUGCCUACACAAAGCCAGAGCGACAGGAGUACUGCGUGGUGUUCUGGGAAACCAAAAACAAUGAGAAGUUUGUUAAAUAUGUCAAGAGCCUUAUGUCCAUCACAACUUCAGGGGACUUCUGUAUCCUGGCCAGCAAGGCAGAUGACACCCAGCCUCAGGAGGAUGCUGAGUUAGAGUCUGGGACUCAUGCAAGGUAUGUCCUGAUUCUGUGCAACUCCAUUGGGACUCCAUUGGACUCAAAAUACAUCGACAUUGAACCAUUGUUUGUCACCAUGACGAAGACACAUGUGAUUGCUGCAUCCAAAGAGGCUUUCUACAUGUGGCAGUACAGAGUGGCAAAGAAACUAACUGCCCUGGAGAUCAACCAAGUGACCAGAACUAAGAAGGAAGGAAGAGAGAGGGUCUAUCACAUUGACAGUUCUCCAUCUGGAGCCAAUGACAGCAGUCCAGAUUUUGCAAAAGCCUUCACAGUAAGUGACAAAAUAUUUCCAAGGCAUUUUUUCAUACACAUUAUGGGCCGUGAGUCUGGCAUCAUCCACAGAUACAGUCUCCCAAAUGUUGGUAUCAUCCAGAAAUACACUUUGAACAACAGAGCCCACUAUCUGUCCAUUAACUGCAACUCCAGUCGUCUGGCAAUAAUCGACAUCGCAGGCGUGCUGACUCUGUUGGACCUGGACGUUCGUGCCUCCACUGACAACAUCACUGGGAACCAGGUAUCUGUGGGAGAUCCGUCCAAGUUUGAGCGCAAGGAUGUCUGGGACAUGAAAUGGGCGAAUGACAACCCUGAUCUGUUCGCCAUGAUGGAAAAGACCAGGAUGUAUGUCUUCAGGAACCUAGACCCAGAGGAGCCCAUCCAAACAUCUGGAUACAUUUGCAACUUUGAAGACCUGGAAAUCAAAUCUGUCCUGCUUGAUGAAAUCAUGAAGGAUCCAGAGAGGCCGAACAAAGACAACCUCAUCAACUUUGAAAUCCGCUCCCUGAGAGACAGUCGAGCUCUGAUUGAAAAAGUUGGGAUUGAAGAUGCCUCACAGUUCAUUGAAGACAACCCUCACCCAAGACUCUGGCGUCUGCUAGCUGAGGCAGCUCUUCAGAAGCUGGAUCUGAAGACGGCUGAGCAGGCCUUUGUCCGUUGUAAAGACUACCAGGGCAUUGAGUUUGUCAAGCGCCUGGGCAACCUGCAGAGCGAGCCUAUGAAACAGGCCGAGGUGGCAGCAUACUUCGGCAGGUUUGAGGAAGCUGAGCGGAUGUAUCUGGAUAUGGAUCGCAGGGACCUCGCCAUUAGCCUCAGGAUCAAGCUGGGCGACUGGUUCAGGGUUCUUCAGCUGCUUAAAACUGGCUCUGGGGACUGUGAUGAUACUCUGCUGGAACAGGCGUACAAUGCCAUCGGAGACUACUUUGCUGACAGACAGAAGUGGGUUAAUGCAGUGCAGUACUACCUUCAGGGCCGUAACCAGGAGAGGCUGGCAGAAUGCUACUACAUGCUAGAGGACUAUGACGGCCUUGAGAGACUGACCACUGUGCUGCCAGAGAAUCAUAAACUUUUACCGGAGAUUGGGCAGAUGUUUGCCACCGUGGGCAUGUGUGAACAAGCUGUGAACGCCUACCUAAAGUGCAACCAGCCCAAAGCUGCCGUUGACGCAUGUGUUCAUCUGAACCAGUGGAACAAAGCAGUGGAACUUGCCAGGACCCACAACAUGAAGGAGAUUAAAUCUCUUCUGUCUAAAUACGCCUCACAUCUUCUUGAGAAGAACAAAACUCUGGAAGCAGUGGAACUGUAUCGGAAAGCCCACCAUUUUCUUGAUGCAGCCAAACUCAUGUUUAAGAUAGCAGAUGAGGAGGCAAAGAAAAGGACACGACCACUGCGGGUGAAGAAACUCUAUGUGCUGGCAGCGUGUCUUGUUGAAAAUUACCACGAGCAGGUGAAAACGUCACAGCAGAGCAAAACCAAAGGGAAGCAGUCUGAGGUAACCAUGCACCUGCGUGAGUAUGAGGACAUCAUUCCAGCAGUAGAAAUCUACUCUCUGUUGGCCAUUUGCUCAGCAUCCCAUCGGGCAUUCGGCACAUGCUCGCAGGCUUUCAUCAAAUUGGAAUCCCUGGAGAGUGUAGAGCCUGAGCAGCGGCAGCUGUACGAGGAUCUGGCCCUGGAGAUCUUCACCAAGCACAACCCCAAGGACAGUCGCAUAAUGGAGCGGGAACGAUCAUCAGAGGGGGCAGAGGGAAAGUUACCCACGUGCAUCGUGACCGGUCUGCCGAUCCAGGAGUACCAGUUCUGGAUGUGCAGUGUGUGUAAACACUGCGCUCUGGAGCAGGAGAUCGGCAAAUACAACUGCUGUCCUCUGUGCCACAGUCCUGUAGCAUGAGGCUCAAUACCUGAAGUUUGUUUUCCAUACAUAAAACCACAUUUCAAAGCUUUGUGAUUUGCUCACAUUAGUUUCUGAUCAUCGUGGUUAGUUCUUGAAUAGGCAGAGAUGAACCCAACAGCACAAGCACAGAAACUGAUAACAAGUAAUAACUGAGUAAAAUAUUUUUUCCUUUACUUGAAAUGUUGUAAAAUACUUAAAUGAAUAUAGUGUCAAUGCUUUGUUAAAUAUUUUCAUACAUUUUAAACAGUCACAUACAACUCUAUAAAUACUCAAAUCUAUUUUGAUCAUUAAUAUUUUGCAAUGAUUUUCACCAGCUAGUCCUUUUGGAAACAAAUCAAUACCAUUGGCAACCAGCACUUCACACGUGUCAUGAACAGACUAUUUAUAAGGAUCUCUUAAUUAUGUUCAACCUCUGAAGUGCCUCUCCCACUUAUGUGUGCUGUCCAGAUGUUACUUUAGUCGACAAACAGGACAGGGAUCGAUGAGAAACUGCUUUACUGAUGGAUAUAACCACGUUUCGACUUUGUCCUUAACGUGUGGAGACAUUAACAUUUACCUAAAAGUGGUGGUUCAACUAAGUACUUGCUCAUUUACAUUUAUUACAUGGUAAAUAAUUCAUACAACACUAAUGGUCUCAGAAAGUGACGUUAAUGAUGCAAAUGUAAAACCAUGUCCUAAUGGUCUGACUCUGGACUGUCUACAGUCUUCUUCUGCCACCUGCUGCCAGUAAACGGUAUCACUCUCUGAAUAAAUUAGUCCCACAUUAGUCACUCCUCUGUUUCAUGUAUUUUGAAGUAGUUCUGUAUUUUGGUA